AAGAGCGGUUUUCUGAUGUACUCGCGUCUUUCUUGCUAUUCAUUACUUUUCUUAAUGGAAUAAUCUGCCGCGCGACUACUGCUGCAGAGCGGGCGCAUUCGAGAUGCACGAGACUGCACUGCAACACUGAAUUGAAUUAAUUUACUUGCUCGACUCAGGUUGAAAAGGCUCGAGCUCGGAAGUGAGCGUGAAUGUGUGGUUGUGUGGAGUCCCAUGCAUAGAGCAACUAAAGAAAUAAGUAUGUGUGUUUGAUGCUUGAUGAUGCUUAGAGAGAGAGAGAGAGAGAGAGAGAGAGAGAGAGAGAGAGAGAGAGAGAACAUGAUUGAAACAGAGGUGUAGAGCGUGCAUCGUCUCAGUGUUAUCUGAGCGUUCUCUGAUGGGGUAACAGAAACGUUACGUGGUGCAGGAACACAACAGUUGGAGCACAACAAAGCCUGGCAACUCCGCAGAAGCUUUUUAUAGACAUAUGGAGCAGCAUUAAACCCGAACAGCUAUCAUGUCUGGACCCAAGCCAUGGAAGCCGAGAGCAAAGCUGGUGAUUUCGGUGACGGGUUAGCUGAACUGGACUUCCACAAGUCUGUCUCUCUAGCAGGAUCCUUGACAUUUGAGAGAUUUAUUUUUGCCAUCCUCCCCAGGUGUCACACAAGAUGGAUUUUUUCCUGCCAGUUCUCUCCUGAAUUGCCAAUGUGCUGGUUAGUGUCAGUGGAUUAUUCAUUUUUCCACAAGUGCUCUUGGGUUGAAAGGCUUUUUUUGAUGGAAGAGAAUGAUAUUUCUGACAUGGAGUGAUUCAGCAUUCGGCAGUGAGAUACUUGACAGAUGUCUUGGAUACAGUAGCAUCUUGGAAUGACUGUAAAUGCAAACAACUUUCUAGAUAAAAUACAAAUGGCUUAUUUUCUGUCUGCCUUCGUGAUGUUCAAAUUUUUACCAUAUGAUUUAUUUUCAAUGCACAGACAAGAUCAAAGCUUGACUUGAGAACGGUCUCUUUGGGUACAUCAUCCGUUUUUUCACUUUCUUGUUUUAUUUAAAGCUUUUGCUUUGAUUUUUGAGGAGCUCAGCGUUCUUGGACUGAGAUCAAAGUACCUGGAGGUGUGAUGUCAACUCAACGAAGUUUCCACAAACAGCCAUGUUUACCGCGUUUAGACCCGAAAACGGGUUUUUCAUUCAUAUAGGAUCAAACCUCGCUGUAGGGGUCUUCAGACAUGACGCCCAGAGUCCUCUCCCCUCGUCACGGCUGCUGUCGUCCCCUCGUGAAGGAUGUUUCACUGCGCAGUGACGGGACCCGAGCGCCCUGUCCGCAGAGCAGAGAUCCGGAGGCACAUUAAGAUGGUGAUGGAACAGCUGGAGGAAGUUCUCUCAGAGCUCAAGGACGUGGCCAAAGAGCUUCGAGAGGUUGUGGCACAGAUUGACACAUUAACAUCAGACAUUACCCUUAACCCUGAGGAUGACCUGACGUCGACGUGCUGCAGCAAGGAUCACGGGACAACACCGGAUGACCUCUUUCACACUGAGAUGUUAUCGGACAACCUUGAACUCUUACUGCACAACUCUCUGCUAGAUGCAGUCCGUAAGCCAACCACAGCUAGGACACAAGAUUUAGACCCGUGUCGCAGGAGCUGUGGAGAUUUACCUGCUCUGAAUGGACCAUUAAAGUUUCCAGACAGCCCAAAAGCCUGCUGGCUUUACGGUUCUGGAGGUCGGAUCAACUACUACGACAAAAUGCUCUACCAUGCUCUGUGCUGUGAUGACGAUGAUGAUGAAAAUGGAGGUGGAUUGAGGUCAUCUAGACUCUCGUCCACCGAUUCAGUGUUUUCACCUUCACCGAGGUUUCUGACUCCCACAUCCGUUCGUAAAACAUAUUCCAGACUGGACUUGGCCAGAGGAGCUCAGCGCAGUUGCAGUACGCAAACGGUUUCCGAUAAAAGCACACAAACUCAGUUUCCAUACAUUCCAGCCAAACAAAAACCGUCAAGUGGAUACAUGAACUAAAUCUUCUGUCAUUUGUUAAACAUGAUUUUGUGCAUAUGUAUUCGAAUCGAAUGCUCAAUAUAAUUCAUUCCUGGCUAUUAAUGAAAUGGAUUUAUCAUUUUCUUUUUUUCUCAUGGGGUUUGCCAAGAAUGAUUUAAAGCGUGUUUUGAUUCAUUAUAAGGCGUUACGCCAAUGACUAAAUAAUCAUGCAUCUCCACAGAACAUUAACACUAUUCCAAAGCCCCCUAAAGAGUGAGAAUUGGUUUCGGUCACACCCACACUGCGCAGUAAAUAGAUACGGUUAAAUCGAGCGGGUGGUAUGCUGACACAAAGAGUUACUAGAAUACAAAUAAUAGGGUUUAUAUUAAGCUGUGACAUUAUUAAUAAAAUGAUGGAUAAAACUUC